AAAAAACGCGUCGCGCGGACGGUUAAAAAGCGGACGCCGGUCGACGCGCAGGGCACAGUUUUUCACGAUGAUAUGCCGAACGAUCGUUUUCUACGUCGCCGUUCAGGUACGCGUUUUUUGUUUGUUUUUGUUUUUUCGGCUGCGUCCGAGUUCCGGCCCGAACGUAAAUUUUGAAUGUUUAAAGACAUUGUACUACAGUUCCGUCCGGGUUUUCAGAAUAGAUACACCAAUUCCGUCCCGUGUAAUUUAUUUAACUACGCGAGUUCCGUCCCUUUUUUUGCAUUCUCUACACAGUAUUCAAAUUGCGGUGUACAAUUUACGACUACGAUCACGAUUCCAUAUUGUUUAGAAAUAGAGAUAACAUUGCUUUCAGUUACCGCACUAAAUAGUCGGAUUCGAUAACGCUGCAGUGUCAUUUAGAAAUAAAGAUAAAACUAUAUUUAGCUUUUAAACUUCACCGUCAUUAUUUGUGCGUCUGCGUGUUUGGAUUUAUUAUUUGUUAUUGUACUGAUAAUACAGUAAUAUUGUAAUUUAGUUAACCUUGUUUCUAUUAAGGACGCAAUAUUGGUACAUGCUUUUUUUUUCACCCGGGACGGAAUCGGUAUAAAAAAAAAAGGUUAUCGGGACGGAACUCGGAUGCAGUUUUUUCUUUUAUUCGUUAUCGCGUUAGGGUUUGCGUGCCCCCCUUUACGGGACCGGUCGUCCCGUCUGAGUAUAUCCAUCGCAAAUCGCCCUUCCUGCAAACCACCGCCACUCGUCGUCAGCCAUUCCAAAGGUCUUUUAUCGAUUCGACUCGGCUCGGGNCAUCGCAAAUCGCCCUUCCUGCAAACCACCGCCACUCGUUGUCAGCCAUUCCAAAGGUCUUUUAUCGAUUCGACUCGGCUCGGGGACGGAUAAUGAGGGAGGGGAAGGUUAGGAGGAGCUCCGUAGCCCCGGGCGUUAUUACUAGCUCUCUGUUUAUUUUUCUUUAGCGGUCCAAGCAUCUUCAUUCUUGUUCAGCGAUAUUUUUCUUUCGAGUACCAACGACAAUAUUAUUGCGAUGACCAAGUUUCGGAGAUCCGUACGCGUAAAUAUCAAGCGCAUUAUCAAUUUUGUUGUACAAGAGGUCGUUCGAUUAUUUGUCCGUCGAUUUCGCGGUACCUCGUCCCGAUAACAUUUGGGAGCCGGUGUUUUUUCGGCGACGAUUUCGUACGGCCUUUUUUUUUUUAGCUUUUUUACAAUCCAUAACUCAACACGGUCGUUAUAUUACAUUAUUAAUUGCUCGGGGUGUCGUCGGUACAACAACGAAACAACGAUAAUAUUGCGAUACGAAAUAAUUAGUAUAGGGGAUUCAUUUUGCUGUCGGUUCUGUUUUGUAUUCAUUAUGAUAUUAUGUUAUUGCAGUCGGUCGUCGUUUUCGCGUCACCCGUCGCCAGUCUGCAGCAUAACGAGCCGAUUGUCUCGCCGUUUUUCUACCAUCCGACGCCGACGUCCAAAGCCAGAGGACUGCCGGAAGUGGCCAAACUACCUAUCAAGAGCAAGUUUACGCCCGCGGGAUCAUCCAAAUUGACACCUGGUAAUUUACAAUAGUAUAAUGCUUAUUGAGGAGAACCGAAAAAUGCAUAGGUAUACUUUAGACGCCAAUAUAAUUUUCCCCGUACUACUAGACACUACCUAUGUCUUCAAAUAGUAAUAACACCGAGCAUCCAAUUGCCCUCAACCGUCAAGCCUCUCGUUUGUGUUUUUUACAAUUUCCGUCAAAAUUUGAACUUUAAACGAGUAUAAAACCUAACCCAUGUGCAUCAAACUAAACUUGUUUUUUUUGGAGUUGUAACUUAUGAUAAACCCCAUGUUAAAUUUUCAAACGUCUCAGUAAAACAAUUUUAUCGACAUAGUGCCUACCAAAAUAAAAAUAAAAAACACAUUUUUUCCUAGUUUUGUCCGAUUAUUAAGAAAACUAUGCACAAAAAUCAAAAAACGAUUUUCUUAACCAUCAGCUACAUUCAGAAUGCAACAAAAAUAUGUCAAUGAAGCUUCUUGCAAUUUUUUGAUUGGAGUAAGAUUUGUGGUAAAAAAAUUAUUUAAAGACAGAGAAAAUGUUUAAAAAAAAGCACAUAUCAUGGUAAAACCAAUACAUCUCUCGUUCCGUUUAGAAUCUUAAAACAAACUAGAAAAAAUAAUCAAAUCAGUGUUGUCGUAAAGUUUUCUAUUUCUCUAUGUUUUUUUUAACUAAAAAAACUGCAAGGAAAAUCAAAAACCGACCCCCCCCCAAUGCACUAACUAAAAACAGUUUGCUUUCGGUGUAAAUAUGGUGCGGUUAAAAAACCGAAGCAAUAUUCCUAACAGGAAAUUAAUUUACCGACACAGAAAAAAAAAACACACACACAUAAUAGUAAAACCAAUACGUUCCUCAGAAUCUAAAAAAAGACUCGAAACUGAAACAAUUAAAAUUACAAGUAGAGUUUAAAAUUGAACGUCACGGCGGGUUUGUGUUCAUUGUAUCGGCGUUUCAAUUAUAACGUGUAAAACUUUUAAACGGCUUUGGUAUCGCGUAACGAGUACAAAUCCAGCCGUUCGCCACGAGAAAGAAUCACUCUGUACAGACAGCAUAUUAUUCAGGCCGAAAAAAUUGUAUAUUGAGUCGGGCGUUCGGUUGCGAUUUGUUGUUUGUAUACGAUUUAAAAACACGAAAAUAAUAUGAUUGAUUGAUUGAAUAUAGGCCACUCGGAAAGGCCUACGGCGGUGACCGGAUGUCGAUGAACUUUGGCCUUUGAACACUGGAUGGAUUCACUCAGUUUCGAUUAUUCGAGAUACCUAUGACUAAUGAUCGUAAUAUAUUAUUACUAUCGUCGUUUUUUUCGUUAUUAGAACAUAUUCAUAUAACAAUCACGAACGAAUGGUUUUUGAAAACAAAUCAGUUUUUAGGAACGUCAGGAAUCGUUAUUUCGAUAAAAUGUGAAAUCCGAUUGGGCGAUGUCUAAAAACUGACCUUUCGGGUAAUCGUCACGCGGCCAUCGGUCCCGGUGAGGGGCCCAAGGCGAGUUCACUCCGUGUCAAUAUCAAACCGAACCGAGCCGAACCGCUUUUGCAUAACAAUAAUCGUAAUAAUUUCCCCGGUUCUAUUAUUAAAAAUAAUGGGACAAACAAUUUAAGGUUCAAUCUGAAAAAGACCUCGUUUUUUUUUUAUUUUUUUUAAUUUCUAUAUUUUACUGUACAAUUAAGUGUGCAAAUAAAGUAACGAGGUUUGUCCAUAAACAUGUCUAAUGUACGAGUUUGAACUUCCUAAAGCCGCGUGGUGGUCCGUAGUGAUUAUUUUCGUAAACUGGUUUUUUUCAGCGCGUACUGAAAAUGAGUGAGAUAAAUUUUCAACAACGGUGUGCCAUCCGAUUUUGUUUCGAACCUGGGCACAGUGUGACGGAAAGUUCUCAGAUAGUGUACUUCCAAGGGCCCAGGUUUUUAUGCGGUCUAAAGCAUAUUCAAAAGGCGGAGAAUCGAUCGAAAACGAACCUCGCAGUGGAAGGCCUUCAACUGCAAAAAAUGAUGAAAACAUUGUUGUCACCCAUUUUCAGAACGUACCCACUAAGAAAACCCAGUCUACGAAAAUUAUCACUACGGACCAACUGACAACCCGUCACGCUCUAGGAAAUUCAAGUUCGUACUGAAGACACAUUAAAUGUUUAUUUUGAAAACAUUUGUAAACGGAAAGCCAUUAGUGUUGCCAGAUAGUAUGCUACGCUAUCGGUUUCAUUAUUUUAUUUACACGCCUCGUAGUUUAAUAUUUUAAUUGAAACAUAUUUUGUUUGUACGUAUACGUUAUAUUCCAUUUUGUUGCGAGUUUGAAAAGUAAUUCUUAUUUGUAUCGGGUUGAUUUCCAAUGCGCGUCUUUUGUCUCGUGUAUAGGUGUAUUUUCUUUUUUUGUCAAUUAACCGCAUUUAAUAGUUGUUUAGAUUGUGUAAAAGAAAAAAAAAAACACUUUAAAAAUCAUUACGGGAAUAUUUUUUAGAAUCUUAAUUUCUUUGAUAAUUUCUAUGAGUAGGUACAAGACGGCGAUAUUUUUCAUCCGGCUACAACGCAAUCGCGAUAGGAAAUAAUAUUCUCUCUAUUGCAUUAGUUCCGCAAAUCGCUAGAAAAUAUUCUGCCAAAAUUGUAUAUAUUUAUUUAUGUAUUGAUUUUUUUAAAUUGUUUAGACACCACGCCCGUCUUUUUUUAAUACAAUACGAACACAGUAUUAUUCUGCCGUCCUUUUAAUUGUCCAUAAUAAUUUGUCGAUUAUUACGUCAUUGAUAACAUCAUACGUGAUUACCGAUUAGUACCUACUCAUCGAAAAGAUAAUCUUCGUACACAUUCCGGUAGAUCAAAACGAAUACGACUUUAAGCUCUCUUGAAUGUCAUACAUGUGGUUUUUCGUUUAAACACGUAAGUAUAAUAUUAUAUGGAAAUAACGGGAUUAAAAAAUGACAAGUUUCUAAAAAUGAGACAAAAGGCGUCUCGUUCGAAGUUCGUCGGUACAACGGGACAUGAAUAUAUGAUGAUCAAAAACGGGACGUAUGGUCACCCUAUCCUUGGCCCUGGUGUCGAAUCUAAACAGUUUUCUUGGAGGGGUUCAUAUUUAUUUUCGCGAGUCAUUUCUUUGUAAAACAAAACGGGUAGGUACAUUUAAUAAAUACAUUUUGUGUAAAGCGCUUUUUCCCGUUAUUUAGAAUGAUCAAAUCUCGAUCAUUUAUCUAUCUCGAAAGCAUUAACUUGAGCUCCAAAAUGUUUUACGUUGGCGUUAUUUUUCACCCUCAAAAAUGAGUGUGAAACAACCGCCCGCUUUUAAUUUGGCUGAUACCGGAAACGGGUUUACCGCUACCCGACGGUAAGUCGGGAAAGCAGAAUUUGCCCAACUAUUAAGAAAACUACAGUCGGAAAACGACUAAUAAACUAAAUCCAAAAUGCCGCGGAAAUGGACCUCGUAAUUUCCAUCAUCGAUUGGAGCAAGAUUUCUGGUCGAAAAGUUGUUUGGAACAAAAGCAAAAAAAAAAAAAUGCUCACAUUACAAUAAGACUAACGCGUUAAUCGCUCCGCUCUGAAUCUAAAUAGCAUAAAAAUUAUAGUGAAGCCAAUGCGAAGAGUACCUAUGAUAAAGAAUACAAAUAAUUGGUGCCUAUCUACCUACUUUAUUGUGCGUGUUCAAUUUUUGUCUAAACAUGAUAUACUUAUUGACGGCAUACAAUGACCUCGUGUAAUUAUUUACAGUGUAUAUUAUUAUUAACAAUAUGCUACUAAUACCUCCUAAAUUACAUAGUAUAAUAAUACAUUGAUAUUACAGAGGUACGGAGUUCAAAUAAUUCUGUUGAGUUUAAGUGUGUGUGCACACACACACACACACACUGUCAAAUCUGUACCGAUAACAUUAUAAAGAGAAAAGAUUUGUUUGUUUGUAUGUUCGUAAUACGGAUGAGCUCAAACACUACCCAACCGAUUUUAAAACUUCUCUCACCUACAAAAAGCCACAUUACCGGGGCUGUAUUUUAUUUUCAAAAACCUUAGAGAUCCCAACGAGAAUUGCGAUAAUGAGAUUUGUAAGUGUUUUUGGUACGGAUAUGUGAUCGUUUAAUCAAGGGUUACUUGGGUGAUACGGAUGGCAAUUCGGUCGUCACGGCCGAGGAGGAAAUUAUUAUUAUUAAAUAUUAACUGUUAUUCUCUAACCUAACCUCACCGGGUCAACAAGUUUAGAAUAUUAUUAUAAUAAUUAUGACCCCCGGGAUAGGGGGCUGCGGGAGUUGCCCUGCGAAUUGUUUUUUCGCCACUGGCGGAGAGGCAACCUCGGCACAGCCGUAUAGACCGGCAUUGAGAAGACGCGCUAUUCUGAACGAAAACGUGUCGUAUUGAGAUCUUAUUAUUUUUUUUGUCACGAUUAAAAGCAUGAACGAUUUUUUUAAAAAUGACCCCCCCCCAAAUAAAAUUCCCGGUUGCGCCGUUGUCUACCACCUCUUGUGUUAUAAUGUAUAAUAUCGUGUUUACGGAACACAAUAAUCCCAGCCUAUCCGAUUACGAGGUUACCUACAUGUUUGUACAAUAAUUUGACACCUAUUACAAUAAUAAUAAUACAUACCUAUAAUAAACCCGCAGGUCGGUACUGACGAUAAAAUCGCCGGGCACGUUCCGUUUUAAUGUUUACAGAAAUGCGUGCAAUCAUUUUUAUUACGUGACUGCAGGCCGAUUUAAAUUUAAAACAAAAUCGACAUUUUCGUCGACUUUAAAAUAGGUACCUAAAUAGAUGUACCUAGGUAUCUACUACCUAGCCCAAAGUGGGUAGAUCCGUAAAAUUGGUCAGAAAAGCAUAAUCUGGCUUUGUAACUGAUGGUGUGUGUACCUAAGUCUAUAUUGAUGCAUAACAUUAUUGAAUUAAACGGUGAGAUUCCAAAUACAGAUGGUGGAUAUCAGUAUUGAAUCGUCUUAUUCCGCAAUAUUUUAUGCCAAAUUACAUUAUUUCAAUAUUAUUCCCUUGGGUGUGUUUUCAAAAAGAUAGUUUAAACAAUUUUAAAAACAAUUGCCAUAAACUUAAAAAAAAAAAAAAAAUUCCACUAAAACGCGAAAUUCCAUUAGUCAUAAUAAUUAAUGUUCAAUUAAAUAAUAAUAAUUAUAAUUCAUUUUUAAUUCCUCUGUGGCUUACAUAAUUGUUGUUUGAUCCGAAAUAGGGAUGGCCAUUAGGAAAUUUGCUUUUUGUUGGAAGCCAAUUUAACGGUUGAAUUCAAUGAUUGUCAUUCGAUAAUACGACCUUUAUUAUUGUUUUAUUUACGCGGUUUUUCCCCCCGCGUUGUAUAUUUUUCACGUACCUAAGUACAAUACUACAAUGUAUGCACUUAUUGUACUUGUAUCGAAUUUGCAAAUUGUUUUAUGAAACCAAAACAAUUUUAUCUACACGAAUAGAAAAUAUAUUUUUAAAAAUUAAUAACUAUAAUAAUUACCUAACUAAUAAUAAUAAAAUAACAAAUAUCUAAUUCAAGAUCUUAGAUAUACCUAAUUCGGUCAAAAUUUCAAAUCUUAUAGAAAAAAAAAAUACAUAUAUAUAAAUAAUUAUUAUAACUUAAGCUAACCGUUGAUAGUGAUGUUGCAUUUUUUUUUUUUGGAGGGGGGGGGGUAGGGAAGUUUCUCCAUUAUUAAGAAAAGUACAAAGAAUUUUAAACAAAUUGUAUUCUUAAUGAACCAGUUAGACAAAGUAGUUAUGAGAAAUAAUCUCUAUUAUGUUAGUACUGAUGGCAGAAAUAUUUUUUUUGUACGAAAUCUUGUUUAUCAUUAAUGGUAAAGCAAAAGUUUACAUUUUAGAAUAACCAAUACAUUUACCUGCUCUAAAAACUUCAAAAGUUGAAUUAUUAUUGUCAACAUUUUGUAUAUAAAAAUAUAAAUUUAGGUUAAAUAGGUACAUACAUAGUUUUACAACAUUAAUAGUAGCCUUAAAAAGGUGUUUAAAAUAUUAAAAACAAAUCUUUUAUAAUUUUCAACUGUACAUAUUAUUAUAUUUAUUUUAAAUAUUUUUCAAGGGAAUAAUCACCCAACUCGUAGUGGUCGUAAUCCCAUCAUAGACACAUAUCAAACACAGAAACCACGAAAUAUUCACGGCCGCUUCCUGCAGGAAGAACCAUACCAGAAACCACGGUCACAGAUUUCAGAUGAAGAAAGAGCUGAAAAAAUCAAUUCUAAUUUGGAGAAAAUGAUACAAUUCAUGACGGUUUUAGGUCAAAUUGACCGGUAUGUAUCAUCCAAAGCCAAGUCAAUUGUGAGCACACUUGGCCGAGCCAUGGAAAAUAAUCCCGAUGACCAUUAUAAUGAUAAGGAUAGUUUGUCAUCGUCUUUUGACUAUUAAGAAUCUUAACAUAUGAUAGUGAAAUGUAUUAAUAUUAUUUAUUUUAUACCUUAUUAUUAUAUUUUUUUAUUUUUCUUAAAAACUAUUCACAGAAUUAUUAUUUUUUAACACAAUUGCUUGUUAAAAAAAAAUGUCAUCCUAUGUUUAUUGACAAAUGUUAAUCAUAAUUUUUUAGUAAUACCAUUAAAAAACAUGACUUUAAAAAAAAACUUCUAACAAAGUAAUAAUAGUAUGUUGGUAUAAGUUUGAAGAAAAAUAAAAUAUUAUUUUUUUUAUACAUAUAAAAUUAGUAACAUUAUUAUCAUUUAUCUGUUUUGAUGAAAUAAUUGUAUUUUGUUUACUAUUACUAUGAGACAUUCCAACAACAAUGAAUAUUAUGUACACAUUUUUUUUAAUUUUUAAUUUUAUGAAAAUACAUUUGCCACAAUGCUAUACCAAGUACUAUGACAGUUCAACUAUCUACAAUAUUCAAUAAGCAAUAUAUUUAUUUAACUGCUUGUUGCUGUUUCACUUGUAUUGGCUUCGGUUUGAUUUUUUUGUCUAUUCCUCCAUGCUGUCAUAUAUGUACGAGGAUGAAUGGGUAAAAAUCCAGAUAAACCUUAA